AUGGAGUCGAAUGUGUUGGAUGCGAGCAACCCCUUUACAGCAGAAGGCGACCUCCUGCUUUCAGACCUGGACCUGGACCUGUAUGACGCUGACAUCUAUGAUGUCCCGGACCCGGGGCUGCUCAAGGAGAGGAAUGCGUCAUCGUUUUCAGAGCCGGCCCCACGGCUUUUUACCAGCAACUCACAGUGGCAGAACAUAAGCCCGAGCGCCCGUGCCCGCCAGUUGUGGCUGCUUCUGCGUACAGGCCUCCAGAACUUCGUGGAAAAGGAGAAGAAAGCUGAGUUGCGCGUGGCGCGUUUGACCCACGGGCUGGAGCCACUGCGCCGCCUGGAGGUGGCACCCGGGCUACGUUCGGUGGCACAGGACCCGGUGGGCCGACGCUUUGUGAUGCUGGAUGGUGCGGGCCACCUGCACUUGCACAGGGAGGACGGCUGGAUGCAGAAGAAGCUGCCGGCUCCUGCUGCUCUCACGGGGCUAGUGGCAGUGCUGGGUCCGCUGGGCACUGUGGGCCGCUUUGUGGGCUGGGGCCCAGUGGGUCUGGCCAUACUGAGAUCUGACUUAAGCUUACUGUGGCUGAGUAAACCAGGGGUGCACAGGGUGCCAGGCUGCGAGCCCAUCUGCUGCCUGCCAGUGCCCGAUCUCGGGCUGCUGCUAGUGGCCGAGGCAGACGGCAGCCUGGCGCUUUGGAAGUUCCGUUCAGGUGGCCGCUGCCUGGUUCCGCACAGGUCACCUCUGCAGCCACUGCCGGGCCAGGCAGGUGCACUUGCGCGUCUGGCUCUGGGGCCUCAGCCUCCCCAUCAGGUCCCGUGCUGCUUCGCAGCCUACGGCUCAGCCGUGCUCACCUUUGAUCUGCAAGCCUGGGUUCUCAUAGAUGUGCGUCGAGAUCUGCACAAAACCACCAUCUGCGACCUGGCGUACUGCAGGGAUGUAGAGGCCAUGGUGACAGCUUCCCGGGACAGCACGGUGAAGGUGUGGGAGGCUGACUGGCAGAUCCGGAUGGUGUUCGUGGGCCACACAGGCCCGGUGACUGCAGUGGCUGUGCUCCCCAACACAACCCUGCUGCUGUCAGCUUCACAGGACGGGACGCUGCGCACGUGGGACCUGCAGGCAGCGGCGCAGGUGGGCGAGGUGGCGCUGAGCUGCUGGGGCCGGGGCGUGUCGUCCGAGAGCGUGGACCGCCUGCUGGCCCCCGCCGGCCCUGGCUGGCCCUUGCUCUCCUUGCGUGCCAGCAGCCUGGAGCUGUGGCGCCUGCGUGAGCUCUACUCGCCGUUGGUGCAGCUGUCAGCGCCGGUGCUGCACCUGCAGGUGGCGCCCGCGCUGCCCAUGCCCCUGCACCCGCCGCUGCCUGUGCGCCUCGUGUGCGCAUGCGCCGAUGGCUCGGUCUACCUGGUGUCCGUCUCGACGGGACGCACCGUGAGCGCGCUUCUGCUUGAGCCUGCAGACUGCGUGGCUGCCGUGGCCUACUGCCUGCCUCACGAAGCACUGUGGCUGCUGACGCGUGCGGGACACCUGCUGUGUGCCAACGCGGCUCGCUGCCCCAUGAGGGUGCUGCACCGCCUGUGCCCGCCGCCACCCCCUGCGUCCAGGCCCUGCUGCCUGCACCUCUACAGCCACCUCACAGACCCCAGUAGUGCAUUUGCCACAUGGGAGAUCGUGCGCCAGCUCGAGGGCGAGCUGUGCCCCACUGACAUGGCCUGGGCCUGGAAGGACAAGAACCGGUACCUGCCCGUGGUGGGGCACACCGACGGCGCCCUGUCUGUGCUCGACUUGCGCUCAUCGAAGAGAGUCUUCCACACGGUGGCACACAGCCCAGGACCCGUCACCGCCAUCGAGUCCACCUGGAACAGCAUCGUGUCCUCCGGGGGAGACUUGACCGUGAAGAUGUGGCGCGUCUUCCCCUACGCUGAGGAGAGCCUGAGCCUGCUUCGCACCUUCUCCUGCUGCCACCCGGCCGUGGUACUCUGUGCACUUGGGAAGCACGUCACUGUGGGCUUUGAGGACCCCCACAGUGCCACCUAUGGCUUGGUGCAGUUCGGCCUGGACAGCCGCCCACGCUAUGAUCACCAGCCCCAGGACGACCCCACAGACCACAUCACCGGCCUGUGCUGCUGUCCCACGCUUAAGCUGUACGCCUGCUCCAGCCUGGACUGCACCAUCCGCAUCUGGACAGCAGAGAACCGCCUGCUGCGGCUCCUGCAGCUGAAUGGUGCCCCUCAGGCCCUAACCUUCUGCAACAACAGCGGGGAUCUGGUGCUGGCACUGGGCUCCCGCCUCUGCCUGGUGUCCCACAUGCUCUACCUGCCCACAUCUUACCUGGUUAAGAAGCUGUAUGGGAAGGUCGCCGACAUGGUAGACGACCCUCCACUGCCCCUGAAGAGCCAGGAGUCGCUGACCUCAGACCAGCUGCGGAGGCUUGCCAACCUGCAUGGGGCGGCCAGCCUCAGCACAGCCUUGUCCUUCAUCCAUCGCCAGACGGCAGCACCUCAGCAGCCAGUGUUGGAGGAGGACUUGGAAGCCCUGGUUGCCCGGGACCAAGACCUUCAGCAGCUGAGACUGGGGCUGGUGAGCCCGGCCGCCCAGGCCCCACUCUCCGGGCGGCAGUGCCAGGAGGCCUUCGAUAACUACUUCCGUCUGAUCUACGGCCCCGGCCCUUUGGGCAAGUAUGCUGGAAGAGAGUCCCAGCAGUGCAGUGCCUUGCCCUUCACUGUGGAGAGAGAGACCUGGGAAGUGUGCGACCUGCCCAGAGACGCCCCUAGCCUCGGACAGGCUGGGGACUGCACUGAAGCCCCCCCAGCGUCAAUGACCCUGCCACCACAGGACCUGGGGGCUCUGGGCCGGCGCUUUGCCCGCCCUCCCCGAGUGCCCGUGCCUGUCCCACCCCACCACCAGAGGGUGCACAGCAGAGCAUCCCAGCUGCUGGCUCGCUCCUCCUUGAGCUGUGAGCUGGGCCUCAGUCUGGACCUGCAGCUGCAGUCGGAGCGGCUCCGCAGGGAGAAGCCUGUGGCCCCGGACCCCCUGUCCUCCCACCUGCAGCAUAGGAUCCCCCUGCCACCGAAGAGGCGGCCCCAGGAGCUUCUCUCCAACCUCGGGGGCUUCUUUCCCGCCACCAUGCAGCCCUACAAGAAAUUGACACGGCCUGUCCACUUCCCGGGCUGCGUGCCCAACUCCGCGGUGCUGCAGCAGAUGUGGCUCCCUGGGGAGGUCAGAGGCCUCGGUGCCCUGGGCCAGCUCACCCACAGCAGCAGACCAAAGCCAGGCGUGAGCCAGGACGACCUGUGGCUGGUGAGGGGCAUCAGGCAGCAGCACGCCACGUGGCAGCAGAGGCUGAUCCAGUGGUUGGGGGAAGAGGAGGACAAGGAGCCGCUGGACUGGGCCUCAGAUGCCCUGAGUCCCUGUGGGCAGCUCUCUGACCAGCUGCUGGAGUCUGAGGAGCUAAAGGCUCAGGUCUCUGAGUACUUGACCCUGAGGCCCAUGGGCUCCCGCGACGACACCACCAGGACAGAGACCCAUUUCCGCCGCCCCCCACACCAGCGUGGGCGCGCGCUCUGGGAAGAGCGCCACGGGCACCUGCCUAGCUUCCUGCAUUUCUUCGUUGGGCAGAACUGGUUUAAAAAGCUGUUCCCCAUCUUCACCCUGGAGGCGUACCCUGAGGUGGGCACGGUGGAGGGCCUGGCCUUGCUGUUCAUGGACCUGCUGGACGAGGCCUCCUGGGCCGACCGCGUGGACAUCCUGCACGUGCUGCUGAGGCUGCUGCCUGAUGUCAGCAGAGGCUUCUGUGGCCGGCUGCAGGGCAUCCUUGUGCGUUUGCUCAACCUGGACCAGCCGCCGAGCUUCGAGGACAAGACCCAGAAGCAAUUCGUGAUGCUGGCGCUGCAGCUGCUCCUGGCCUGCUCCCUGGAGUCCCGCGAGGUGGUGCUGGAGCUCAUGUCCUACUUCCUCUACUCGCCCGCCUCCUGCCGGCCAGAGCUCAAGAAGCUGCUGGACGGACUAGGCCUUCAGGACCCGCAGGGCUUCCUGUUCCAGGAGAUGUUGACCUGGGUCCAGGGCCCGGACUGUGACUCCAAGGCUGCACUGCGCACGCGCUGCUGCCAGAAGCUGGAGGAAAUGAUCCAGCAGCUGCAGGCUCCUUGCCCCGCCCCAGCUCUGUGCCUCAUCCGUCCUCCCCAACCCCCAACCCCUCCCCAUCUCCUGGGAUCCUCCUGCUCCUCCCUGGGGAGGAGAUGGCAGUGGGGUCUCCCGCUGGCUUGGAACUGGGGCAGCACCACUUGGGCCUCACUAUUGGUGGAGGAGGGGGCAGCCUCUGCCUUGGACUGCAGUUCACCCUCCACUGGCUACCUUCCCCUGCAGAUGGAAACCCUGCAGCCGUCUGUGACCAAGUUGUCCGAGAUCUUGCCCCAGGUCUCGGAGACCUCAGCACCCCUCCCUCCUGCCAAGGAGGGCCUGUCGCAGACUUCCAUGGCCUCUGGGGCAACUGUUCACAUCUCUGUGACCCCCUCGGUCCGCUCCUGGACGCCCUCGCUGGUGGUCUCGCCUGGGGAGCCGGACGUGGCCGCCCUGGAGUCUCAGGCCCAGCAGAUGCCACCACAGACGCGCUUCAGGCAGACCAGACGCGCACUCUCUGAGACCCUGAUUCACUUCUGCUCUUCGCCCACUGCACUGCUGGACGAGCCUCUGCCGCUGGAGCAGACGGACUGGUCACAGUCAAAAGUGCUGGACCUGGGACCCAUCGACGCCCUCAACUUCUUCUGCAAGCAGCAGCAGGUUAGGCGGCAGGGCCACCAGCAGGAGGACCCAGGGAGCCCGCGCCCUGCCCUGCGCCCGCGCCCUCAGGGGCCCAGCACAGUGGUGCCAGAGCUCCGAGAUCGCCGGUACUACCCUAUCCUCCGGCUUCAGGAGGCCAGGGCCCAGAGGUCUCCAAUGAAACUGAGGGGUCAGAUGCUGUCCCGGCUCCAGCCGGGCCGCACCCUGGACAGUUCCAUCCGGACCCUGAAGCUGCCGCUGCCACGAGUGGAACUGCAGCCUUUCCCCCUAGACUGGCCCAGGCCUGCCCGUCCACUGCCCUCACUGCUCCUGCAGCCAGCCCUGCAGCGCUACUUCCUGCCAGAUGACACGGACCCUGACAGCUACAGCUGACCAGGCUAGCAGCCUCGGCCUGACCCCGUCCCCCCUCCCUUUCCCUCCAGUCUGGAGUCAGGACACAGCUCUCUAGCUGGCUAUUUGCCCCUGGCCGGGGCCCAGGGCUGGAAUAAAGUCCACAUGCAACAGCCAGCACAUUGGAUGCCACCUUCAU